GUUUAGUGAUCUCUUGCCCAUACUCGCGACAAUUGGGGACGGUGAAGCUGCUUCCUGUGCACACACCCGCUGAAGUGUUGUAUGCCAAGUACAAGUCAUUAGAGAAAGCGAACGAAUGGGAUUGUCGCUGAUAUGUUACAGCAUCAGGCUCGCGCAAAAGUUACCAGUUGUGGCAUAUUCAUGUGAUUUGAGGCUGCGAAAAAGAGUAUACGGACAAGCGGAUGAGAAGUAUUGAGAGACGCUGCAUUGGGAUUUGAAAUUCAUACAAAGCUCCCACUUCAUUCUAUAAGACUCUAUCUACAAUGGCAAGCGAAGUCUACAUAUAACUUUGAUGCCAUACCCCUUCGUUAAGACCAAACCUCUCAAUUCUUUGAACCUACACUACACUGUAGAACACCUCUUCAAAGCAGCCCACCACGAACUACACAUUGUCGAAGUCCAUUACCUCACUUGAACACAAGUAUGGGAAACCGCCAUAUGACCACCGAGGCUGCUGCACGCAUUGCAAAGUCACAACCUGGGUCAGGAUUUGCGAGAAGAUCUGCUCGAGCAGGUCAUAGUAAUAGCGAACGCGACGCCCAAUCUCAAUCUGUACGGGGUGGGGAGAUGCAAGCUCAGAAUAGGGAAAGUGAAGCAUCCAGCGGUAAUGAAAAUACGAAGGCAGAUCAAAUAUCUGUACAAGAUGGACAAGAGCAAGGUAUUGGAGGAGAACGAUGCCCUUAUUGCACCUCGGAAACCCUUUGCGCUCGUCAUGCAAGCAAGUGGGGCUGGUGUUAGGAGGCGAAUGUUGAAUCUUGCCCGGUCCACUUCAGGAUCAUAUUAAACGCUUUGAGCCGGAUUGUUUGCCUGUGGUGCGGUGAUUGUUUUCUCUUCGUGCGAGGGACCGUCCUCGUCUCAAAACACGUUGCGUCGCUGGGAUCCUAGAUUCGCUGUCGAAUGAGUAAUUGAUAGGAAAUAUGGGAAUUGGCAUCUCGAUACCCAUGCUGAAGUAGCCCAGCUGAUGUAACUCGCAAUGUUGAGCACAAUGGGAAAUGCAGAGGCAAACAACACAGCCUGGCCCCUUCAAGUUCAUGUCAACUCUUGAUACUUGUGAUGAUCAUACAUGCACAGAUUGUCUAAUGGAGCCAACAAUUUCCCUACAGCAAGGAGAAUCUUUGCCAACGUAUCACAACAUGCUCUAAGCUUGACCAAACUGAAGAUUCUAACGGUAGAGGCUAUGAUGAAGCUGGUCAUGACUCCACCGCCAAAAGGGACCAGAUCGAAAUCGACGAUUCAACAUCUGCUUCCAAUUGAGACCAUGGACCAAACAAAACGAGAAAUCAAAUACCAAAGCCAUUCAUCUUGCACAUAUCCUGAAUUCUCUUACAUCACGACGGUUGACUUCUUCUCAUGGACAACUACUACUGGGUAAGAUAUAGCUAGUAGGUGUGUACUCACGUGCGCGCUUUGACCAUUUAUAUAGUAUCGCAUGCGCUUCGGGCCGUCUUGACUGGUGACUGGGCCCUGAUUUCACAUUAUAUCUUAUUACAUAAUCCGAUAACAAUGAAACCCCAACUAUCA